UAUUUUGGUUCUCAGACUCCGUCAUGAAAAGCCAUAUGAUAUCGAAAAGACUGGCUGGAAGUGCCCAUAUAGGGCUUGUUAAUAGGCAAAGCUUACAGAAAAACCCUAACACACGAAGAGUUCAUGGAGGCGAUGAAAGUAGUGGAAACGUUGAAGAGAAGAAAGUCUGAUUAGGAAAAAUUGAAAGUGAAACAAUUGUUUCUUGGGAAACACAAUGGCGAAGGCGCAUUUGAAGGUUCAAAUUGGUUAAGGCGCAUUUGAAGGUUCAAACCGGUUUUUCGCCAUAAUCCUAAUGACGGCAUCCCAAAGCGGCCUUUUCGGUAAUAUUUUGGCUCUGACUCCGCCAUGGAAAGCCAUAUUUUAUCGAAAAGACUGGAUGGAAGGGAGUGGUGUAUGCUUUAUCUAGUUGGUUAAAGAGUAUCCAUCCUAGUUACAACCUACGACUUGUUAAUGGGCGCAAGCUUACAGUUACAUAAUCACUUGUCACCAAGUCAUAUACUAACAGUGUUGAGGUGAGAACUUUCAGAGAUUCAAAAUAAAUAUUUACUAGCAUUUCAAAGAAUGAGCAAUAAUGAAGGAAAUUUUGUUCAUGGCAAAGAAUUGGCUCACCUGCUUAGUGAUAAUAUCAAUAACAUAGUACAAGGAUUUAGAUCCGAAUGUCGCGAUAUGGUUGAAGCAAAUGCUGAAAUUACACCUAUUCAUGAAUCUGAAUCAUCAACAAGACGUGGGAAGAAGCUGACAACAAUACUAAUCAAAAGGGAAACAUUUUCAUUUUCAUUUCCUGUGGACUUUGAUAUUUCAUGUUUUCCGGGUAUAGACAGUAUGUUGUCUAAUCUUACAAGUUGGGAUGUUGAAUGUCGAAAGAGAGAAUCUAGAAUUUGUGAUACGUACUAUAUUCACGCAACCGUCACUGAAGGUAAAAGAUUGCGAUCCAUUACAGAAGUUGUAAACAAAUUACUUCCAGAAGGAUAUGCCAAGUUGGACAGCCGAAAAAGAAAGAAAAACAUGGACUUUGAUGAUAUAGAUGAAGAAAAUAAUUUUGAAUUUGAAGCUAAUGAAAACAACAUCUCUCAAGUUCAAAAACAAAAACUUGUCGAGGCGGGGAAAGAUAUUUCUCCCGAAUCUUCCACCCGUACAGAAAGGUUUAUUGGAAACAAAGAAAUUAAUGCUGAAGUUGGAGAUUUUUCUUGUUCUCCUUUAUCGAUUAUGGAUAAAGAGAACAAUAUGGAUGAUAUUUUAACAAGAGCGUUGCUAAAUUCACAAGAAACAUCGCCUGAAUUUUUGCUAUACAUCUCGGAUAUGCAACCCAUUGUUCCUGUCAAUCAAAAUAUAUUAGAAGAUAUGCUGAAAGAUCAUGUUGAAAAUGAUUGGACUCUAAUGGAUCGUGUCAAUAACUAUGAAGUCUUAUAUAAAAUUAGAGAAGACUUCUCUGAAUAUGAUGAUUUGAUAGCAAACUUUCUAAAAUAA